AUGUCGCCACCUGCUGCUGACGUUGAUACCCCCAGCACUGCUCCCGCAGUCCAGCCUGUGGUUAAACCCGUCAAAGGUACCGAAACCAGCAGCGCCUCACGCCUGGAAGGUCCCCUGUCCUACAGCGGUAGCCUUGACGCCGAAGAGCAAUUUGAUGUCACUGCUGUAAUCGGCCGAGAGUUUCCAAAGCUGCAGCUCAGCGAGAUCUUGAAGGAUGACAACAAACUCAGAGACUUGGCUGUGCUUGUUUCCCAACGGGGUGUCGUUUUCUUCCGGAACCAAGACCUCAACAUUAACGACCAAAAAUAUCUUGGGCAGAAGCUUGAUGAGCUGACAGGCAAACCAGAGACAUCCAAGCUCCAUCGGCAUGCGCUGUCAAACAGUAAGCGCGGUAUUGCUGUUGAUGAGAAUGGAAGACUCGAUGAUGAAGUAUCCGUCAUCUCUUCUGAGCAGAACCGCAAGUUCUACAAUGAAAAAUGGAGCUCCCUUUCUAAGAACCUGGCUGGAGAGGGAUGGCAUGCUGACAUCACCUUUGAGAAUAUCCCAUCUGACUAUGCUAUUCUCAAAAUCAUCCAACCUCCACAGGACGUUGGUGAAGCUGGCCGAGAACCUCACCAACCCAACUUUGUGCGAGUCAAGGAGACUUUCGGCGAAGAUCUCAUUGACGACUACCGUGGUGCUCCAGAGAACACUGGGUUGGAUUUCAAGGCUGAGCACCCUGUUGUGCGUACAAACCCUGUGACUGGUUGGAAGAGUCUCUUCGCCGUGGGUCACCAGCUUUCAGCUGGACACAUCAACGGUGUAUCUCAUACCGAAAGCGAGAUUCUCAAGACUUACUUUCGCCAACUCAUCACCGAGAAUCACGACCUUCAAGUACGGUUCCGCUGGGGAAAGAACGAUCUUGCCAUCUGGGAUAACCGCUCUGUGUUCCACACCGCUACCAAUGACUACGUUGGAAAACGUCAAGGAAAUAGAGUUGUCUCGUUGGGGGAAAAGCCGUUCUAUGACCCUGCUUCCCAGUCACGUAGAGAGGCUCUUGGCCUUGUGCAGUAA